AUGAGGACCCGCGGUCGAACAAAGCGCUUCGAAGUGAACAUUUCGUGGCUACUGCACAGCUUUCCACAACUACCGCUACUUCUAGACAUGAUUCAACAUGGAGUCACGCAUUCCUUUCGGCCAGUAACGCCGCCCACCAAGAGCGACCGCACUUCCAACCAUAAGUCCGCUCGGACAUGGAGCAAUGCACUCAAACGAAGUGUCCGUGCAGGCCAAGACGCGGGGACGUACUUAGUAGUGGACGUCGAUGCCGCUGCACCAUGGCAAGACGUCCAUAUUAGCCCAUUCGGAUACGUCCCGCAAGCAGAUGCAGACCCUAACGUCGAAGCGAGAGUUAUUCACGACCUCUCCUACCCGUCUGGUAACUCGAUCAACAACUACAGUACGAACACGUACAUCAGCUCGCACGGAGGAUCGAAGAGCUCAAAAACUGACGAUCUUCCUGUUGAGUAA